AUGGUCAAAGCUGUUGUCCUCGGUGCUGCUGGCGGCAUUGGCCAGCCCCUCUCGCUCCUGCUGAAGGCCUCACCCUUGGUCGAUGAGCUGGCUCUCUACGAUGUUGUCAACACCCCCGGCGUUGCCGCCGACCUGUCCCACAUCUCCUCCGCCGCUAAACUCACAGGUUACCUCCCCAAGGACGAUGGGCUGAAGCACGCCCUGACCAACGCUGACAUUGUCGUGAUCCCUGCCGGCAUUCCUCGCAAGCCCGGCAUGACCCGUGAUGAUCUCUUCAAGAUCAACGCCGGCAUUGUUCGUGACCUGACCAAGGGCAUCGCCGAGUUCUGCCCCAAGGCUUUCAUCUUGGUCAUCUCUAACCCCGUCAACUCUACCGUUCCCAUUGCCGCCGAGGUUCUCAAGGCUGCUGGUGUCUUUAACCCCCAGCGCCUGUUCGGUGUCACCACCCUGGACGUUGUCCGCGCCGAGACCUUCACCCAGGAGUUCUCCGGUCUGUCCAACCCCUCCAAGGCCACCGUCCCCGUCAUCGGUGGUCACUCCGGCGAGACCAUUGUCCCCCUGUUCAGCAAGGUCUCUCCCGACUUCAAGAUUCCCGCUGACCGCUACGAUGCUCUCGUCAACCGUGUUCAAUUCGGUGGUGAUGAGGUUGUCAAGGCCAAGGACGGUGCCGGUUCCGCCACUUUGUCCAUGGCCUUUGCCGGUUUCCGCUUCGCCGAGGCUGUGAUCAAGGCUUCCAAGGGUGAGAAGGGCGUCGUUGAGCCCACCUUUGUCUACCUGCCCGGUGUGCCCGGCGGUGAUGAGAUUGUGAAGGCCACCGGUGUCGAGUUCUUCUCCACUCCCGUUGAGCUUGGCCCCAACGGUGCUGAGAAGGCCGUCAACAUCCUCGAUGGCAUUACCGAGAAGGAGAAGUCUCUCCUCGAGGCCUGCAUCAAGGGUCUCAAGGGUAAUGUCGAGAAGGGCGUCGAGUUCGUCAAGAACCCCCCACCAAAGUAA